ACCAGUACUGCCUGAUCUGAGAGGUCGCUCACCCGGCGACUCUGCUCUGAACCACCGGUGUGUCGAGUCACUGAGAUGCUUUCCUCUCUUUAGGAUCGCGAUGGAAGCAGCUGUGCUCCCCAAGAUGUCGACUCCGGGCCGCUCCGAGAACAACCUGAAGUUCAUUUGUGAGCUGGUGGCCCGGCCCGGCGCCCUGCACUCGUCUCUGGACGAGGACUACAACAUGUGCACGGGCAGCGAGACGGUGACGGUGGUCCUGCCUGCCCAGUGCAGCGUCUACCAGCUGAGACUGCACAUCUGCAUGCAGGCUCAAGAACAGAACUGCCAUCCUGACCCUUUUGCAAUCCUGGACCCAGAGAAGUACACUCUGCUGUACGAGAGAGCGGACGAGUGGUACGAGGCCUACGACGACUGCCAGGUCAUCAGGACUCUGGACAUCCCCUGGUCCAGCGAGGACCCUCAGUGUCUCUCGGCACACGUGGUGGUGAAACUGCUGGAAGAAAGUGAUUCAGAGGAGAAGAAGAAGCAGCAGCAAUGUCUCAGCUCCCUGAUCGGACACGACCUGGAGAAAGACGCGUCCAACAGAAUCGGUGAGCUCACGUUCACACGCCGGAAACUGGCCUCCCCGAGAAGACAAGAGCUGAAGAAGCGAGAUGACCAGCUUUAUGCAACCGAGCCGUGGACUACCAGCAUCCCCAUGCCGGCCGACCUGCAGGACUGGCUGAACAGGAAGCUGUGUGUCAACUUCCACUACAUGAGCAAGUUCAGCUUCAGCAUCCAGGUGGACUUCAGUGCAACGCCAGACGUCCUCCUGCAGUACUUCAGGAGGGUGAUGGCGGAUCAAGGGCUGGAAUACGACCCGUCUGAAGGACUGGUUUUGAAAGUCACAGGAAGGGAGGAGUUCCUCUCUGGGAGCCACAUCCUCCGUGAUUUCCUCUGGGUGCGCCAGUGCUUGAGAGCCAACCAAGACCUGCACCUGUCCGUGGUCCCAGUGUCCCAGCUUCCCUCAGAGGCCAAUAACUUUGAGGACUGGCCGCUGGUCGAUGGAUUCAGCGGCCAGUUCAGCUCCCAUGACGAUCUCCGCCUCGAAGGGAAGAACUUAGAGGACAUCUUCAUGAUUUCAUUGUGGGACUGCAAAAGGAAGUUCAGAGUUAAACUGCUUGGAUUUGAUAUUCCAAAACUCCCAAGCAAAUGCCCUCAGUCGGUUUAUGUUGAGGCAACCAUUCUCUACGGCAACAAGAUCCUGUCUUCAGUGUCCUGGGCUCCCAAGGCCUUCGCAGACGAAGUCCUGUGGAACGAGUGGCUGGACUUUGACGUUCUUCUGACGGACCUCCCUCGUGGAGCCAAGCUGGGUCUCACUAUCAACGCCUGGUCCAGUGACAACCCCGCAGGAACCAAGGACCCAAAGUCACCGUCGUCUUCCGUCAACAAGACACCAGACCUGCAGAAGGCCAAGGGGAACAUGCUCUACUUCGUCAACCUCCUCCUCAUCGAUCACAGGUCUGUCCUGAGUCAAGGUCCCCACACGCUGCACAUGUGGUCCCAUCCCAACCUGGAGGAGGGCGCCAUCACCUACCAGGCUGACAAACUGUCCUCUGCCACCAACCCAGAUGUGUCGGACUCCAUGGCCAUCAGUUUCCUCCUGGACCGCUACAGCUUCCCAGUGGUUCUUCCCAAUUCCCUCGGCUCGUCCGAUCCCUCCGGCAGACCCGGGUCCUCAACCAGAUCUGAUGCUGCCUCUGACUCGCCCCUGUCCUCUCCCUCGUCCACUUCACCCAGCACGGACGCUCUUCUGGGAUCGCCGUCUGACGGCCCCCGUCUUCCUCCUGCCCCGAGCAGCAGCAAGGUUUUCCCCCAAAAGCUGAGGGAGGACAGCGUCCACUACACGUCCAGCUUGCCUCACUACCUGCGCUGUGUGGACUGGAUGGACCGCAGAGUGGUUGAGGAUGUUCACUGGCUGCUGGGGAACUGGGACCCCGCCGAGCUGGACCUGUCGGUGGCCCUGGAGCUGCUGAGCAUGGACUUCCCUGAUGAGGUGGUCAGGAGACUUGCAGUCCAGAGGCUGGAGAGUCUGUCCAAUGACGACGUGCUGAUGUAUCUACUGCAGCUGGUACAGACGCUUAAAGUGGAACCGUAUCACGACAGUGUCCUGGCUCAGUUCCUCAUCCGCAGAGCUCUGAGGAGCAAGAGAAUCGGACACUUCUUCUUCUGGUACGUGCGCAGCGAGGUGGCGGGCUGCCCGUACUUCCGCCAGCGCAUGGCCGUCAUCCUGGAGGCCUACCUGCUGGGCUGCGGCCAGGCCAUGCUGGACAGCUUCAUCCAGCAGGUGCAGGUGGUGGAUGAGCUCCACAAGGUGGCGUCAGACAUCAAAACACUCUAUCCCGAGAAGACCGACCUCCCGUCGGCAGCGCCAAUCAAACUCCAAGAGUUUCUCAGAAACAGCAAGCUGCCGAGUGAAUUCCUGCUGCCCUUUGAUCCGCGCAUCAGAGCUGGAAAGAUCCAGGUGGAAAAAUGCAAGGUGAUGAACUCCAAGAAGAAGCCUCUGUGGCUGGAGUUUGAUCCCAUGCCAUCGCCAUCCUCGUCUACGCCCGUGGGAAUCAUCUUCAAGCAAGGAGACGACCUCCGGCAGGACAUGCUCAUCAUUCAGACUCUGGCGCUGAUGGAUUCCAUCUGGCAGGAGAAAUCUCUGGAUCUGAACCUCAUCCCGUAUGGCUGCAUCGCCACGGGACACAACAUAGGUAUGAUAGAGAUAGUGAGGGACGCAGUGACCAUUGCGGCCGUGCAGAGGAACCAUGGAGGAACCAUCGGAGCUUUCAGAAACGACGCUCUCUUCGAGUGGCUCAAGUCCAAGUGUCCUCUGCAGGAAAUCCACUUCAAGACCAUGGAGAGGUUCAUGAAGUCGUGCGCCGGUUACUGCGUCGCCACCUACAUCCUGGGAGUCGGAGAUCGCCACAACGACAACAUCAUGAUCACAGACCAAGGAAACCUGUUCCACAUCGACUUCGGCCACAUCCUGGGGCACAAGAAGUACUUCCUGGGCGUGAGCAGAGAGCGGGUGCCUUUCGUCCUCACGCCGGACUUCCUGUAUCUCAUGGGGAGGGUCAAAGGUCGGAACAGCCUGUACUUCCAGCGGUUCCAGGACACUUGCAUCCAAGCGUACCUCCUGCUGCGCUCCCACUCCCGCCUGCUGAUCACCCUCUUCUCCCUCAUGCUGCUCACCGGCAUCCCCGAGCUGAGCGCCUCGGAGGACAUGCGCUACCUGCGGCAGGCGCUGCAGGAGGACCAGAGCGAGGAGGAGGCCAAGCAGAACUUCCUGGAACAGAUCGCCGACUGUGAGAAACAGGGCUGGACCGUGCAGGCCAAUUUCUGGUUCCACAUGUUAGCAUGCAACAAGUAGUGUAAUCAUUAGAAAUACUUAACUGAGACAUGAGGGGGUCAGGACUGGAACAAAUGAAGGGAAACAAACUGAUAUCCAAGAAUCACACAAUGAACAGAGGCUGGAGUCAGAACCGCAUAAACUGAGCUGGACACAACAGUACAGCAACUCACUACUGCCACCUAGUGCACCCGACUGGAAUGAGUUCAAAUGAAUGAAAUGCAUUUUGACAUAGUCUGAGAUAAAACAGGGUGACAUGAGUUUUAUUUAAUUCUGAAUAAGAAGACAGUCUAGAAGCAGGAUUUGCCACAUCACUGUUUCCUAUAUCUCAAAUCUUAAGUUCAAAUUCGUUUCUGGGAACAUGUUAACUGAGGAAAUCCAGCUGAUCACAUCAGGAAACACAGGCAUGAAAAACGGAUCCAAUCCAUUUCUCCUGUUGGAAAGUCAUUAAAAAUGCUUUCAGAGGAAGAAAUGUCUGACAGACAAACUGUGGUUUAGUGAUUAUUAGUGUAAAUAGUCUCACCUGAAUUUUAAUCUUUAUUUACGUUAAAAUCUGUGGAAAAUAAAUGGAUUCAAGUUUCACUAUUCAUACAUAUAAAAUGCUCAAAAUAAGACAAAUCUUACCGGAUUUCUCAGACAUGACAGAGUCUCUCUGGAAAAUGUUUGAUAUGACUUAUUAGAAGCAUGAAAUGUAUAUUUAUUCUAAUAACUUUAGAAUUACAGGUUAGUAAGAAGCAGGACGAAACAGGGAAGCUGAUGAAUUGAUUGGAUAGUUUGCUGAACGCUGGGUCCCACUGGUCUGUACACCUAAAACUUUAAAGAAAAUUUAGAUGUUUAUAGGAAUUCACUGAAGGAAAUGUAUUCCAAGUUCUACAGAACUCCAGUGAGGAUAAUAAACUGAAGAGCUGAAGUCUUUGUCAUCAGGAAGUGGAUGAAACCCUGAGGAACAGAGACUCCGUUUGAUUCAUCGAUUUGUUUGUUUAAUGCGAGCAUACGCCUUUCUUUUUGAAGGCCAGGUGCUUUGGUCCUUAUAGCUGCACUUCCUGUCAAGACUUGCCUGUGUAAAGUCUCUUUCUGUGUCGUAUUGUUGGCGAUAUGAUAAAGGAACAAAUGAGGCAAAGCGUGUAAAGUCUGACCCUAUUCCCAGACGUUCAGGCUCAAAGGCUCAAGGCUCCGGGGAAACACCACUACUGCUCAAAGUCCAUCUGAACCACACAUGGCCACACCAGUAAAGACAGGUCUGUUCAUUUAUCAUCCAGAUUUCUUGAUAUUUUUACAUCCAGAUGUAAAAGUUUGUUUAGGCCCUUAUUUUGAAAAUAAUUUGAUGUUUGUAUGUUUUCACCUAAACCUGACCCCUGUACACAGACUUGAAUCCAGUGUGAGCAGGUAAA